UGCAGCCCUCUGUCUGCAACACUAGUCUACAGUCCGUCACUCGAGGAUUUACAAUCAUCUAGAUACAAUAGAUAUAUCUAUUAGUUAAGAAUACGUUUUGCCUUAAAUAGAGUGUUUUUAGAAAAUGAGGUGGUUUGGCUCUCCAGCCAUGCCCCAGCUGAACCCCUGAUCUCAGCAGCAGCAGCAGGAGCCACGCUGGCCCAGCCCCCGGCCGCAGCCAGGAUGUCCAGUAGCUCGGGCUACCCCCAGAGCCAGGGGAGCUUCAGCAGCGAGCAGAGCCGUUACCCACCGCACUCUGUCCAGUACACCUUCAGCCCCUCACGCCAUCAGCAGGAGUUCACCGUCCAAGACUACCGGGCUCACCUCCAGGAUACCCAGCAGGGCAGGAGGAGACCCUCCCUGCUCUCUGAGUUCCACCCUGGGACCGAGAGGCCUCCGGAGCGACGUCAUGGCUACGACCAGCAGUUCCAGAGCUCCGCCGGCCAGCCAGAACACGAGGCCAUGGAGACCAAACGUCCACGCAUGGAGACGGUCUCCGAGGCCCACUUUGCCCGCGCCACGCAGGGCUCCGGGGGAAUCUCCCUUCCACACUCGCACACUCUCCAGGACAGCCUGAGGUCCAACAUGGAGGCCAAGAAGGAGAGCCAGUACAGCGUGAAGGCCGACUCUUCCUCCCCGGGAGGGCCACAUCACCUGGGGGAGGAGCAGGACGCUUCACCCUCCAAGCUGUCCAAGGAGGAGCUCAUCCAGAGCAUGGACCGAGUCGACAGAGAGAUCGCCAAAGUGGAGCAGCAGAUCUUCAAGCUGAAGAAGAAGCAGCAACAACUGGAGGAGGAAGCUGCGAAGCCCAUGGAGCCAGAGAAGCCCGUGACCCCGCCCCCGGUGGAGCACAAGCACCGCAGCAUUGUCCAGAUCAUCUACGACGAGAAUCGGAAAAAGGCAGAAGAGGCCCAUAAGGUCUUAGAAGGUCUCGGUCCUAAAGUUGAACUGCCUCUUUACAACCAGCCAUCAGACACAAAAGUAUACCACGACAACAUCAAGACUAAUCAAGUGAUGAGGAAGAAGCUCAUUCUCUUCUUCAAGAGGAGGAACCACGCUCGUAAACAAAGGGAGCAGAAGAUCUGCCAGCGCUACGACCAGCUGAUGGAGGCGUGGGAGAAGAAGGUGGAGCGCAUGGAGAACAACCCCCGCCGCAAGGCCAAGGAGACGCGCACGCGCGAGUACUACGAGAGGCAGUUCCCCGAGAUCCGCAAGCAGCGGGAGCAGCAGGAGCGCUUCCAGAGGGUCGGCCAGAGAGGAACCGGCCUUUCCGCAACCAUCGCAAGAAGCGAGCACGAGAUUUCGGAAAUAAUCGACGGCCUUUCCGAACAAGAGAACAACGAGAAGCAGAUGAGGCAGCUGUCCGUCAUCCCGCCCAUGAUGUACGACACGGAGCAGCGGCGGGUCAAGUUCAUCAACAUGAACGGCCUGAUGGACGACCCCAUGAAGGUGUACAAGGCCCGGCAGUUCAUGAACGUGUGGAGCGAGCACGAGAGGGAGAUCUUCAAGGAGAAGUUUGUCCAACACCCCAAAAACUUUGGCCUCAUCGCUUCCUAUCUGGAGAGAAAGUGCGUUUCCGACUGCGUCCUGUUCUACUAUCUCACCAAGAAGAACCAGAAUUACAAGACCCUGGUGAGACGCAACUUUGGAAGACGGAGAGGCAGGAACCAGCAGAUCACACGUCCCUCGCAAGAAGACAAGGCCGACGACAAGACUGAGGAGGAGAAGUUGGAGAAGUCCGAGAAGAAGGAGGACGAAGAGAAGAAGGACGAGGAGGAGAAAGAUGAAAAGGAGGAAUCCAGGGACAGAGACAGAGACAAAGACAAGUGCGACGGCGCGGAGGACGACGACGGCAAGGAGCAGAGCACGCCGCGCGGCAGGAAGACGGCCAACAGCCAGGGCCGACGCAAGGGCCGCAUCACCACGCGCUCCAUGGCCAACGAGGCGGCGUCCGUGGUCCCCGAGGAGACGCCCUCCUCAGCCUCGGAGCCGGCCCUGCCCGAGCCCCCCAAGCAGGAGCCCAGCCAGAAGACCCUGAGGGAGCCCGCCAAGCAGGCCCCCAUGAGCCUGGAGAAUAACAGAAGUAAGAGAGCCAUAGCUGCGGAGGAGACUUCUCGCUGGACCGAGGAGGAGAUGGAAGUCGCGAAGAAAGGGCUGGUGGAGCAUGGGAGGAACUGGGGGGGGCCGGCCAUUGCCAAGAUGGUGGGCACCAAGAGCGAGGCUCAGUGCAAGAACUUCUACUUCAACUACAAGAGGCGCCACAACCUGGACAACCUGCUCCAGCAACACAAGCAGGACUCCCGGAGAGCUCGCGGCGACCGGGACGUGUCCCAGAGCGAGAGCGUCGCCUCCACGGCGUCAGCUGACGACGACGAGGACAACCAGGAGGACAGCGAAGGCGGAGACCACAGCUCCGACACGGAGAGCGCCCCCUCUCCGUCCCAGGCCGACCCCUCCAAGGGCGGGGACCCCCAGCGGGGCGAGGGCGGCGGGGCCUCCUCCGAGGGCUCCCAGCGCUCGGAGCAGGACAAGGGCCAGGCGGCGGACGGGAAGGGCCCCCCGGAGGCCCCUUACGGCGAGCUGCGGGUCAAGCUGGAGAAGAGCCCCGAGGGCGGGCCGGAGGAGGAGAGGGCGCGGGCGGCCUACGAGGGCCAGGUGCACCCCAAGAGCGAGCCCCAGGACGUGGACAUGUCGGCCCCGGUGCAGGUGAAGGUGGAGCCCGAGGCCAAGGAGAAGGCCGACAAGGCGGGCGGGGCGGCCGACGAGCACGGCGACCGGCAGGGCCCGUCGGACAACGACUCGAGCGCCACGUGCAGCGCCGACGAGGACGGCGACGCUGAGCCCGAGAGGCGUGGGAUGUUCUCUAUGGACAAGCCUUCUCUCCUCAGCCCCCCAGGCUCAGUGGUGGUGUCCUCGGCCAAGCAGGCCCACCUCAGCAUGCACCAGCUGCAGCAGCGCGCCGCUGACAUCCCAGCCAUGGUGCCAGGCCCCUUCAGCCCGGGUGGCGUUCCCAUGGUGACGCCCCUCAGCGGGCUCGCCAUGUUCCAGCACCAGAUCAAGGCAGCUCACGAGUCGGCUCACCAGGAAGACCGGCAGAGGCAGGAGACUCGCUUCCACACACGCAGCCCCACCGUGCUGGACCGGGAAGGGAAGCCCUUCCCCUACAUGUCCUAUGACAUGAAGCUGGCUCUGGAGCAGGAGGCCCAAGCCGGCCGGCCAGCCUCCCCCUACAGGCUCUCCCCCAGGGAGCUGAGCAAGACCUCCCCCCAGCCCGACCCCAACACCGCCAACGCCUCGCGCUACAGUGUGCCUCCAGUGCUCCACCCGGCCCCUAACCAGGUGGUGCAGGGCCUGCCGGAGGGCGUCAGGGUGACCUUCUCCAGACACAGCCGGCCGCCCAACAUUCCGUCUCCUCCUCCCCUCAUUCCCACCUCCAAGCCGACAGACAAGCCAUCCUUCAUCCAGGGGGGCUCGAUAUCCCAGGGCACUCCUGGAACCUACCUGCCCUCCCACGCCGUGUACGGCCCGGAGGGCACCAAGAGCUCGGUGGGGUCCAUCUCUCUGGGGCUCCCCAGGCAGCAGGAGCCCUCCAAGCCCGUCUCCUACAUCAAGCAGGAGGAGUGCUCCCCGCGGAGCUCCCAGCCCGAGGGCUUGCUCUCCAGGGCGCAGUACGAGGGGGUCGUCAGAGGAGGCCCCAUGAGCUCCAUGCAGGACGGGGGCAUCUCCCGGGGCAACCCUGCCAAAGUGGGCGCUGAGGGGCUGCAGUUCAGAGGAUCGAUCACUCAGGGCACGCCCGCCCUGCCCCAGCCCAGCCUGGCGUCCGACCUCCUGAAGGGCACCAUCACCAAGCUGGCCACGGAGGAGCUGGGCAGCCCGGACAAGGCUAGGGAGCAGCUGGCCAAGGGCCACGUCAUCUACGAGGGCAAGAGCGGACACAUCCUCUCCUACGACGCCAUUAAGAACCCCAGGGAGGCUACGCGCAGCCCCAGGACCCACGAGCUCAAACGCACCUACGACAUGAUGGAGCCGCUCGCCAGGGGCCACCCGGGCAGAGAGGGAGUCCCAUUUGAAGGGUUGAUAAGCCGAGCGCUGCCCAGAGACAGUCCCCACGGCGACUCCAAGGAGAGGCCGAUGAUGACCGGGUCCAUCAUGCAAGGGACCCCGAGGACCUCAGCCGAGGCCUACGAGGAGAGCAUGAAGUACGGCAAGCAGAUCAAGCGGGAGAGCCCGCCCAUCCGCUCCUUCGAGGGGGGCAUCGUCAAGGGCAAGCCCUACGAGGGCGGCGGGAACACCAUCAAGGAGAUGGGCCGCUCCAUCCACGAGAUCCCCCGGCAGGACCAGUCCGGCCAGGACAGCCGCAAGACGCCCGACAUGGCCGACAGCCGCCGCGUCGCCAUGGACGGAGCCAUGUCGCAGGGUCACCCCCUGGGCCAGCCGGCCAUCAAGCACAACGUCAAGUCCCUGAUCACCAGCCCCGGCAAGAUGGGCCACGGCCUGCCCCAGCUGGACGCCAUGGAGCGGGCCAAGUACGAGGAGGGCAAGGCGGCGUCGGAGCGCGUGCGCCACACCUCCGUGGUCAACUCGGCCACCUCGGUGCUGCGCUCCACCCACCAGGAGGCGGCCAAGUCGCAGCUCAGCCCGGGCAUGUACGAGGACGCCAGCGCCCGCCGCACCCCCGUCAACUACAGCACGGGCCCCAUGUCCCGGGGGUCGCCCAUGCUGGGCCGCGCGCAGGAGGGAGGCAUGAGCUCCGGAAAACCGUCUCCCCACGACAGGAAGACGCCCACUCACCGAGACAGCAUGCCGGCCAAGUCCCCCGUGUCCCAGGGGGAGCCCAUGCCCUCCCACAGCCCCUUCGACCCCCACCACCGGGCCGGGGUCCCCGGGGAGGUGUACCGGGCCCACCUGCCCCCGCACCUGGACCCGGCCACCCUGGCCUUCCACAGGGUCAUCGACCCAGCGGCAGCAGCCUACAUGUUCCCCAGGCAGGGGUCGCCGACCGGCUACCACAACACCUACCAGCUGUACACCAUGGAGAACACGCGGCAGACCAUCCUCAACGACUACAUCACCUCCCAGCAGAUGCAGGUCAUCCCGCGGGCCGACGUGCCCCGGGGCCUGUCGCCGCGGGAACAGCAGCAGAUCGCCAUCCCUUACCCUCCCGGGGCCAGAGGGAUCAUUGAUCUAGCCCAGAUGCCUCCAACUAUCCUGUUGCCUCACCCUGGGGGGACAGGUACCCCCACUCUGGACCGCAUCACCUACAUGCCCGGAGCUCAGCCCCCUUUCCCUCCUAGGGCUUUCAACCCAGCCUCCAUAUCUCCAGGUCACCAAGCCCACCUGGCGGCCACGGCGGCCACCAUUGAGAGGGAGCGCGAGCGGGAGAGGGAGCGCGAGCGGGAACACCGGGAGCGGGAGAAGGAGCGCGACAAGGAGCGGGAGCGGGAGCACCGGGAGCGCGAGCACAGGGAGAGGGAGCGCGAGCACAGGGAGAGGGAGCGCGAGCGGGCCGUCGCCGCCGCCAGCGACUACAUGCGAGGAGGUGUGGAGCAGCCAGGACGCCCUGGUAGCCGUGGUUACCUGCGGUCCCCCUCCCCCUCCAUGAGGACGCCGGAAGGAGUGGUUCAGCAGCGGCCCAGCAUCUUCCAGGGAACCAACAGCAAGAGUGUCAUCACUUCCCUCAUGCCCCCGGCAGCGCAGGCGUCCCAGCCCGGCUCCCGCUACAGCACGGCGGCCGACGCCCUGGCCGCGCUGGUGGACGCCGCCGCCUCGGCGCCCCAGAUGGACGUGGCCAAGGCCAAGGAGGGCAAGCACAAGGACGACACGUCCUCCUCCUCGGCCGCCGCCGCCCGCCGCGCCGUCAGCGAGCAGCAGGACGCCGAGCGGCGCUCCAUGCAGUCUCCCUACGGCGCCCUCGCCAUGCCCGGGGGCAAGCAGCACCCGGCCUACGGCGAGCAGGCCGGGGCGGGCAGCAAGGACAAGACGCCGCCCUCCAAGUCGCGCAUCGAGGAGGAGCUGCGCACGCGCGGCAAGACCACCAUCACCGCCGCCAACUUCAUCGACGUCAUCAUCACGCGGCAGAUCGCCUCGGACAAGGACGCGCGGGAGCGCGGCUCGCAGAGCUCCGACUCGUCCAGCAGCCUGUCGUCUAACCGCUACGAGGCGGCCGGCGGAGCAGCCAUCGAGGUGAUCAGCCCUGCCAGCUCCCCGGCACAGCCCCAGGCACAGCCCCAGCAGGACAAGCAGGAUGACAGGCAGCCACAGCCCCCAGCUGGCAUGCGCGUCUUCGACAUGAGCCGCUACCGCCCAGCAGGGGAGCCCCCCCAGCCCAGCUCCCAGGCCCCCCCCUUGGGCCAGGCCGACUCGUCGUACUCCCAGGUCCCCAAGACCCACCGGGUCAUGACGCUGGCCGACCACAUCUCUCACAUCAUCACCCAGGACUUCGCCCGGAACCAGGACCCGCCCCCUCCUUCCUCCACCACCACCUCCUCCUCCUCCUCCGCGACCACCACAUUCCAGAGUGCGGUCUCCAGCUCUGGCCUGGGCCGCGCCAAGCCCCCCAGCCGCUACAGCCCGGAGAACCAGGCCCCCCACCACCAGAGGCCCCCCAGCAGGCUGUCCCCCGAGAACGCCCCUGACAAGCCCAAGGCCAGGCCCGGUAAGUCCCCCGACCGGGGAGGCCGACAGAUGGACGGCUACGAGCCCAUCUCCCCUCCUCAGAGCUACCCGAGCAUGGACAAGCCCGAGGCCAGCGCCCCGCAGCCCCAGAGACGGGAGAACGACAACCCGGAGAUGAGGGGCGACUCGCGGUCCCCGGGGAGCGGAAGCUACCUGCCCUCGUUCUUCACCAAGCUGGAGAGCACCUCUCCCAUGGUGAAGUCCAAGAAGCAGGAGAUCAUCCGCAAGUUCCGCAACUCCUCCGGCGCGGGCGACUCCGACAUCGGGGCCGCCCAGCCAGGCACAGAGAUCUUCAAUCUGCCAGCUGUGACCAGCUCAAGCGGCAUCAACCCCAGGAACCACUCGUUCAGCGACCCGGCCAGUAACCUGGGCCUGGAGGACAUCAUCCGCAAGGCCCUGAUGGGCAACCUGGAGGAGAGGCCGGAGGAGCCGCAGGGAGGGGCCGCUCCGCCCAGCUCCAACACCCCCGGCGGGGAGGCCCGCCAGGAGGCCAACCCUUCACCCAGCAUGGGCAAGCAAAAGCUGCAGGGCAAAGCCAACAGCCGCAAGUCCAAGUCGCCCAACCCGGGCCAGGCGUACGCCGGAGGGGAGCGCCCCUCGUCCGUGUCGUCCGUCCACUCCGAGGGAGACUACCACCGGCAGGCCCCGGCCUGGGCCUGGGAAGACAGGCCCUCGUCCACAGGUUCCAUGCAGUUCCCCUACAACCCCCUGACCAUGCGCAUGCUGAACAGCACACCGCCCACCUCCAUGGCCUCCCCCUCCAUCCAGGCCCAGCAGCAGUCUGUACCGGGGGGCGCCCCGGCCGCCCAGCAGCUGGUGUGGGAGCGGGAGCCCCUGCUGUCGGAGCAGUACGAGACCCUGUCGGACAGCGACGACUGAGCCCCCCGCACCCCGCCGCCGCCCCGCCCCCUUUCCCCCCGUCCCUGAGGAGGGCUGAGCAGAGGCUGGCCUGCCCUCAACCACCACCACCCCCCCCUCCCCUUCCUCUCCCAGGACUAUCCUCACUCACUGGUGCAGAGUUUAGGAGCGAGCGGAGGGGGCCGGAGUGGCUUUUUGUGCAACAGCGCCCCCUGGCGGGCAGCUGAGAGAAAGGCAGCCGCCUCUGACAGGCUGAGGGCUUGGGCAUAGACUCCUUUUUUCGGGGACAGGCCUGGACACACAGCAAGUCGGAAAAUGCCUGAGUGGAAGACAUAAAAGCUAACGAUGAAGAACUUGUAAAAAAAAGAAAAAAAGAAGAAAAGAAAAAAGACAAAUCAUUAAGAGACUAUUUCUUGAAUUUUUGAUUUCUGUAAAGCAAUACUUUUGUCUUUAAGAAAAAUCAUUGUAUGUAAAUAGAUUAACCUUUUGCAGUGUUUUUUUUCCCUUUUUUUUUCUUAAAUGGGUUCUUUCUCAUUUUACUGUUGCUUUUAAAUGGAUCCACUUUGUUUUUGAACAGGAGGAGGAGGUGUUAAAUCUUGAAUAUCACAGUUGGUCUCUCCCUGUCCCCCCUGUCCCCCGCCCUACCACCACAGACAAGCUGAGAGACAGACCUGUGGUUUGGACUUGAUUGAUACGCGUGGUGCACAGAGAAGCUGAGGUCCUAUCCACCAACCACCAAGCACCACCAAAGCCUGAACAUUGUGGACAUAAGUGAAUGAAACAAACACACAUGCUAACAUUUUUAUUUGAUUUUAUUGCAUUGUCAUUUGAUGCCUGUCUUUGCAACACUGUGGAGAUGAUGCAUGGGUGUCACAGAUCCGCUGUUAGAGAAUAAAAGAAAGAUUUUUUUUGUCACCUUUCAUUUUUUUUUUUUUUUUUUAUUCAGACAGAGAUGUUUUUCGGAACAAGUUGAGAACGCGGGUGUCAGAGCAACUGAGUGAAACAGGUGAAUAAGCUUGAGGUUGUCCGACUUGUUCCUCAUAUAAUGACUACUUUUAGGGCCCCCCAUGUUGAUCUGAAUUCUGUAAUUGAGCCAAUGUGUUAAGGUGAAGUUGACCAUGUUGUGUACUGUAUGGCACAGUGUGACCAGCGCAGCUGUCUAUAGUUUCCAACCAGUGCAGGAUAUUCUGCUCUGCAACAUUGUUGUCAAGGUAACUAAAGUAUGUCAGGAACCUUUUUUUAGACAGAUUUGCCAUGCCUUGUGGCUCAAGAAAGAAGGCAGCUUUAACUCGUUUCUCAGAGAUAUACGUCGGUGUUUGAUGUUUCUAUUUGUUUGUUUCUGUAGUCCCUCUCUCUCUUUUGAUACUGUCCCAGCAAUCUGAGCUCAGUGUAAGUUGUCGUUUUGUUAGACGAAAAGACAAAACUAACCAAACAUAAACGAAAUGGUCUGCACCAUUGUUGCACUUUUUUUUUUUUGCUUUGUAAUCUUUGACGACAAAAGCAUACUACCUAUCUAUAACUUAUUCAAGCUUUUGCAGAGGAUUGUCCUGACGAGAUGUGCUUUGACUUUGCCCAUCACACAUGGAAAUCUGGAGGUGGAGUUCCUGUCUGGUAGCUGGUACAUGGUUUUUCUAGUGUGACACUUGCAUUAGCAGUUAGUUUCUGCGUACUCGCAGCUGACGACUGCCAUCAUGGCGAGGCCAUAACCAUUUAAUCUCUGUUUCCUUAAUAUCCAGAAUCAAUAUCGACUGUAUUUGUCAACGAAUAUGAAGCUUUUCCGUUUUGAAUUCCACUAGGUUAACAUUGAUAAGGACAAGUUAUUUCAGAUACGUGGAAGUGUUUCGGCUUUCCUCAGCUUUUGCUUCGCUUAACAACAAAAAAAACAACCUGCUCGAAACUUGAUAUUUUCCUUGCUUUUCUUUUUCACUUUUGAUUUUGAAUUGUUCAAGUCCUAACGGAUGUUUCAGAUCUUUUGUUUUCUAUCAUUUUCAACAUCAAUGUUAUACAUCCCAUUUCGAUGGGAUGUCAAGUGUUUACAACGGCAAUGACAAAAAAAAAAAAAAGUUUACAAAACUUGAAUCUUAAAAAAAAAAAAAAAAAAAAAAAACUAUACAAUGAAGCUAGAAAAGAAUUAGUGCAUCUUUUCAGCUCUCCAUCAGUCAAACACCGAGUGGUGACUUUUUUUGUUUGUUUUAAUUUGAGACUUGAAACCCCAUGUAUCCCAUGAUAUUGAAAUGCAAUGUUUGUAUCGCACAAUGUCUCUUAGUAGUCUAUUACAAGAGUUCAGACCAAUCAAUAAAGUGGAUCAGGUCUCCACCUCUCUGAA